GUGUUGACAUAUCAUUGAAAACUUUAAUUUCCUAAACCGAUUCUUGUUGAAGUUUAACACAAGAAGAAACACGAAUUAUUUUAUGAAUAAAGAAUUGAAUUGUGAGGAUAGUGGUCCAUAGCAUAUAUACAUCAUUUUCCAAUUAAUAUUCCAAGAAAUGGAAAAAAACAAUGUAGAAAUCGCUGAAAUGCGAACAAAAUUUUCAAAAAUAGUGGCAGAUAUUUUAUACUUAUGUAGUUCUUUAACGCUUAAAUCUCAAAAAGUUUUAUCUCAACUGGAAGAUUCCAAAGAUGAUAAGGAUAAUUCUGCUCUUGAAAAUAUAGGAUUAAAAAUUGCAUUAAUUCUGGAGGUACUGAAAGGAAAUUCCACAGUUUUUAUAGAUAACUUAUUAAAAGAAAUACAUUUACUCAAUAAUGAUAGAAUUGAAAAAUUAUUUUGUGACAUGAAUUCAAAGUUAUUAGAAUGCAAGUCUAAUACAGUUAUUAAAGAUAGUAAUAAGUAUUUUUUUGCACAAUUGGUUGACAAAGAAACAUCCAUUGAUUGUUCUAUACACGAGGCUGAUUGUUGCAAUAGUCAUUUGACUUUAAAUGCUAAUAUUAGUUCUACAAAUAGUUUAUUCAGUUUACGGAGGGAAGCAACUAAUGAUACCAUAAAAACUGAAGAUUCUUGGGAGGAUACUCUACAGAGAACAAAAGGUAACAUAAAUUUGAAAAUAGAAAACUCCUUUGAAAUCGAAGAUAUUAAGAAAAAAGAACACAAUUAUAAAGAUGACACUGCUACAUUUACUAAACAAAAGCAUGAAAAUCAAGAUGAAGCUCUGAUUCAUGAAUCUGGAAGUAGCAUUACAAAGAAUGGUGCAAAAGAAAACAGUUUUAAUGAUAUCAAAACUGAGCAAUUGAAUGAGGAAGGAAAAUCCAAACUUCAAGAAAGUCAAAUUGAGAUGGUUAUAUUGAGUAGUGAUGAUGAAUUAUAUGCUGCCAAUGAACUAACGCCAAAAAAACGACUGAUGGUGGAUUCCUCGAGUUCUGAAAAUGAGCAAACAACGGAUGAUCAAAGUGAAAGUCAUGAUUAUAAUGCUAUAGAAGAUGUACCAAAUUCUAUAUCAAAUAAAAUAAUUACUGAUAGUAAUCACAGCUUCAAAGAUAUCAAACUUGAGGAAAAAGCUUGUGCAUCAGUUGAUAACAUCAAAAAUACAGAAGAAUCAGUUUUCGAUGAAAAAAAUCUAGGUAAAGCAAAAAAUAGUUCAUCUAUAGAUAAUGAAAAAUUAGCAGUUAAACAAGAGACAGAAAUUUUUUCAAAUAUUUCAAAUGAUAGAGAAAAUAAUACUAAAGCAAACAAAUAUGAUAAAUUCCUUGAAUAUUUGAAUCCCUAUUCAGUUGAAACAGAAAAAAUAUCUUCAGAAGAAGAAGACCUAGAUCAACCUGAUCAGGAGAAAAACUUUUUAGGUGAACAUAAUUAUAAUUCAUCUCCAAAUUUCAAGGAAGUUUCAACUAAAAUUCCAACCCUACACUGUUUAGAAUCUGCCAACAUUGAGACUGCUACAGAUCGCGAUUCUGAUACAUUGAAUAUUGAUGGAUCUAACAAAAUGUGUGUAUUAGAAAAUGAUUCUAAUUUUUCCUUUCACAGUGAUAGCGUAAGUGAUGAAACUAUUUGCAAAAGAGAGAAAGAUAAUAAUCAACAUAUAAUCAAUGACCACACAUAUUUUUCAUCUAGUCCAAAUUAUAUUGAUACAGAUGAAACAGACAUUGAAAAAGAGUUUGCUAAAAGUGAUAGUAAUGUCAAUUUAGUUAAAUCAAGCUUACAAAUUCCCGAAUCCGAAGAUAAAGAGCACAUAUUCUUAAACUCAAGUAGUAACCAGUCAUUUGAAUUUGAUAUUAGCAAUAAUGCCAAACUAGAAAAUGCUCAAUUCGAUAAUAAAUAUCAAGAAAGUAUUGAUAUAAAUGUUAAAGAAGAGAAAGAUCUCGAAGCCCAGGAUCAAAGUAAUCAAAACAAUAGAGAAAAUGAAGAACUGGAAGAGGAUUUAUUGGACGUGACAAUGGAAGAAAUUUUAUCUGAUGGUGAAAAUAAAGAUAAUCGCAUGAUAAAUGGUUCUGCCGAGAAUGUUUUAAACUGUGAUGUGAAAACAGAAAUAAAAGAAAUAAAAUUGGAAGAAUCAGAUAGUAACGAUAUAUCUGAACGUCCAUUAGAUGAAGUAUUCGAAAAUUCCAAAAUUGUGCCCACCAAUAACGUCGGAAAUGAACUCCUUGCACUUUUUGAAGAAGUUUCAGAUAGACCAAGUACUAAUAACCUAUUUAAAGCUCCCUUAAUCACAAAUGAUAGCGAUGAAAAUGUAAAUGUUGAUAGCAUAUUGCAAAAGCUACAAGAUGAUGACUCUGAACUAAGUGAUUAUAUUUCUGACUGCUCUCUACACUCAAGCGAUAUCCAUUCUAAUAACCAGGUGAAAAAUUUGGUCAUUGAUGUCGAGUCGGAUAAUCCCGAAAAAACUUUGGUUGGUGAUAAUGAUGCCAAAAAAGAUCCGAAGAAUUACUAUAACCUCGUAGAUUGUUACGUUUCUUUAGAGAGAAUACUAAUUUCUAAAAAUAUGGCAUAUAAAGUAUCUAAAGUGCUUGAUGAUGAUAUAGAUUGGUUGUGUGAUUUGAAAAAUGUAUUGGUUAAGAUAAAAUCGGCAAGCUCAUCAACUUUCACUAAACCACAUAACAAUAGAAGAAGAAGAAGAAGAAGAAAAGAAAGAAGAUCAAGUUUUGAUUCAAGUGGGUCUUUAUCCGAUUUUACUGACGAGGAAAAUGAGGAAAUGAGAAGCAGAUCCAGUAGUCCCAAUCUUAAUAAUGAACAGAAAGAAAGAUUGGAUGAAAUUUUAGCUGCUGCAAUUUGCAAUGAUUUAAAAGAUGGAUCCGAUUACUCAUCAAACACAGAUUCUAGUGAUAACUGUCGCAGUAAAGAAUCAGGCAAAAAUAUUACAGAUAAAAAGAUUAAAACUAAUGAGAAACUUUUAAGUAAAGAAGAACUGGAGAAGAAAGCUUGGAGAAAUGAUCCUCUUCUGAAAAGAAAGUUUUCUCUCUUAGAAUCGAGCAGUGAUGAAAAAAUUAAGAGAAAAAAGAAAGGGAACAGGUACGAAGAUGAUACAGAAUUUAAUAUCAACUCGGAUGAAAUAGAAUCUGACAGUGAUAAUCAAAAGCUACUUGCCAAGAACAAAUCCAAACUAGAAGAUAAUGAAAUUAGUCCUAUAAAGAAGAAUAUACCAAUUUCGGAUAGUUCGGAUUCUGACAGCGAUGUUCAAUAUAUAUCUCCAAUCAGACCACGCAGGGAUCAUGAUGAUGAGAAUGGAUCUAAGCAUUCACAAAAAGGUAGAAGAAACAUCAGAUCGAUUGUUAGUGACAAAUGUUUGGCUCAAGAAACUCAACAAGCUAAAAAAGAAGAAUCAGAAAGAAUUGAGAGAUUGAAAGAUAGAUCUAAAGUAUUGGAAUGUUUAUCUCAAACACUUAGUAGCCAAGAGAACGAGGAAGAAAAACCUCUAGUACUGGACAUUAAUGAAAAGACUGGCGAAAUUUUAAUACAAGUCCACCCAACGAUAACAAAGAAAUUAAAGCCUCAUCAACGAAAAGGAAUUCAGUUUAUGUGGAAUUCUUGUUAUGAAAGUAUUGAACAUAUUAAGUCACAUCCUGGAUCUGGAUGCAUUCUAGCUCAUUGUAUGGGACUUGGAAAAACGUUACAGGUUCUUAGUUUAGUUCAUACUCUAUUUUCUUAUGAAGAAACGAAUACCAAGCAUGUUUUAAUAGUGUGCCCUUUAUCAACCGUUAGUAAUUGGAAAAAAGAACUAGGCUUUGCGUUGGAAGACUUUAAAAAUAAGAAGGAAAUAAGUCUUUUCACACUUCCGCACAAAAAAAAUAUUGAAAUGAAAUAUGAGAUUGUAAAAAAAUGGUACUUUAAAACCAAGAAAUCGAUAUUGGUACUUGGUUAUGAAGGGUUUGAAACAUUAACCAAUGAAUGUAAAUUGGAUAAAAAAGCAGAUGAAAAUUUGAAGAGCAGAAUUUUGGAAGCCCUUGUUGACCCAGGACCCUCUUUAGUAGUUUGUGAUGAAGGUCAUUUAAUAAAAAAUAAAACUGCUAUAAGGACCAUGGCGUUAAAUAAUAUAAAAACAAAAAGAAGAAUUGUAUUAACAGGAACUCCACUACAAAACAAUUUGAUUGAGUAUUAUCAUAUGGUUCAUUUUGUAAAACCUAAUCUUUUGGGGACAAUCAAAGAGUUCAAAACAAAUUUUGUUAAUCCCAUAACAAACGGUCAAUAUGAAGAUUCAACUGUAGAGGACAUUAAACUUAUGAGAUCAAGAACUCACGUUUUGCAUAAAAUUUUAACAGAAACUGUCCAGAGAGUUGAAGAUACGGAGCUUGAAAUGUAUUUACCCAAGAUGUUAGACCAUGCAGUUUUCAUCCAACUUCAUCAAGUACAAGUUAAUCUUUACAAUCAUUAUUCUAAUUUAGUGCGACAUAAUGUAGAUAAAACCACAGGAAACAGAUUUCUUGCCGAUUUUCACAUGUUUCAGUAUCUUUGUACACAUCCUCAUUUAUUAGCAUUAAUGGAAAAAUCCAAAAAUAAGAAAGUAAAAGAGCAGGAUGUGAUAUGUGAAGAUGAUGAGCCGGCGCUAAAUGUGGUAAAUUGGUGGAAAGACAUAAUGCCUCAAGAUGCCGACUCUAAAAUAGAAUAUGGUCAUAAAUUAGUAGUUUUAAAAUCAAUUAUAGAGGAGUGCGAAGCCAUCGGUGAUAAGUUAUUAGUAUUCUCUCAAAAGAUAGCAGAACUUGAUUUGAUAGAGCAUUUUCUAAAAACAAUUGGUACCAAAGAAUGUCAGAUAUGGAAGAAGAAGGUAGAUUAUGACCGUAUAGAUGGCACUGUCUCUCCUGAGUAUCGUACAAAUAUAUGUGAUAAUUUCAACAAUGAAAAAAAUGUUCAGUGCAGGCUAUUAUUAAUGUCCACAAAAGUAGGCGGCUUAGGUUUAAAUUUAACGGCAGCCAACAGAGUGGUUAUAAUGACUGUCCAUUGGAAUCCAUCAUAUGACACUCAGAGUGUCUUUAGAGUUUAUAGGUUUGGACAAAAAAAGAAAGUUUUUGUCUACAGACUAAUUUCUCUUGAUACAAUGGAAGAAAAAGUUUAUCAACGUUCAGUAACAAAAUUAGCUGUAGCCCAUAGGGUUGUAGAUAAACAUCAGAUCACUAGACAUUACAAGAGUGUGGAUCUUCAAGAAAUUUACUCAUGUCACCCUACAGCUGAUAAUGAAAGACCUACACCUAACGUUCCUGAAGAUGAAAUGCUUGCUAAGCUUAUAUUAAAAUUACCUUUUAUAUUUAAAUACCAUGAACACAAAACUCUUUUAGCUGAUCGACCAGAAGACAAAUUGACAGAACAAGAAAUGGCAGCUGCCUGGGAAGAAUUUAAGAAUAAGGAUAUUCCAAAACCUACUUCACCAUUACCUCCGCCGCCACAUAGUGUAAAUGGCCCAACAUUUCAACAAGUAUAUAAUAUAGGAAGGAGCUAUACGAAUCAAUCAUCAACUAGUGGUCAACAAUUCUCGCUGGAAAAAAAUCAGUAUUAUAAUCUUAAAAUACAAUCAAAUGCAUUUGUUACGGGACCACUUAGAUCAGAAAAUAGGAUUGCAUCUAACAUAUUCCUCAAUAAUCAAGCGCGAUCAACAAGUGGAACAAACUCCCCAUUUUCAAUUCCUACAACUACAUAUCAACAACUAAGAGGAAUACCUGUUGUUAACGACAAGCGGAAUAUUGCUUCUACAAAAAUUUCAGAGAUUGUCAAAUUAUUAAAUAAUUCAACAGUACCUACGAAUAUUUCAAAACUCCAAUAUAAAUCUGUUGUUCCAAAUGUUGUUACUACACCUAAUCAUGAAUCCAAUAAAGAAUUGGGAAAUGUAGUUCAAAAUCCAUUUAGUAAUGAAUUUACAUCAAAAAAGACGAAUGAUGCAACUCCUAUAGAGGAAAUUUCUUCUUCACAAGUUAAUUUUAAACCUAUUAAGAGGCAACUGGAAUUCUCCGAAGUUAUAAAUAAAAAAAUUAGAAACUCCUGUGAUUCAUCAAAAGGUACUCAAAAUGAAUCAAUAUGUCACAAAAGUUCCAAAAUCAAUAAUCCAAACAUAAGGGACUCUAACCGCGAAGCUUCUAAUUAUAAAGAUAUUCAGAUAAGAGAUGUAAUGUCUGAAGGUAUGUCUACUACGAGAGAAAGCUCCAAUAACAAUAAAGAAAACAGUGAUGUAAUAACAAUACUUUGAAAUGUAUUAGUAGCAAAAUAUGGUUCAGUUCAUAGUUUACGUUAAUUUCAAAAUAAACUAUUUAAAAUUGUAUUUAUAUUGUAUAAAUAUAAAUUUAUACAAUAUAAAUACAAUUUUAAAUAGUUGUUAGAACAUAUAAAUUUGUAAAUUUUGUAAUUAAAAUAUAUUGAUAUCUGCGUAA